UGUCAUUAAUGGUGAAAAUUUCGAAAAAUUAUACUUCAGUAAUUUUUUCCACAUUGAUUAGUUUUGUUCUGUGUAUCACGAGUAUUUAUACAUGGAAAAGAGAUGUACUAAAAUAUACAACAGAUUAUAGUAAAAGCAGAAAGUGUAAUAAGAUUUUAUGGGAUAAAAAUGAGUUUAGUGAAUUUAUUUCAAAUGAACGUACUAUCAAAAACGUCGCAAAUAGUACGCCGAAAUAUCGGAACAAUUCUUGUCAGCGGUUUAUUGCGUUAAAUUCACCGGGCGGAAGAACUGGCAAUCAACUUUUUCAAAUUGCUGCUUUGUUUGGAAUAGCUUUUGAUUAUGACCUUGUUCCAAUAAUUAAGCCUUCAUUUCCUUUACUGAAAUAUUUUGAUUUGCCAAAUGUGUCUGAUGUGAAAUUAAAAAACUCGACCACAUGUGCACCACAGCUUCCUGGAAUCUUUCACGACUGUUUUAACAGUACUGAAACGGAUACAGUUCUAAAUAUGACUAUUCAUGGACUUUUCCAGUCCUGGAAAUAUUUCAAAAAUAGUGUGGACAGGAUAAGAACAAUUCUAAAAAUCAGACCAGAAUACUUGCAAACUGCGAAGUUAUUUUUAGAGGGUAACAAUAAAGAUGGACGCAAAAAUAUAUGUAUCCAUGUAAGGAGGGGAGAUAUGGCUAGAGAAUUCUAUGUUAAAAGAGGUUUCGCAGUAGUUGAUAUCAAUUUCAUUAAUAAAGCUAUUCAAUUUUGCGAGAUGAAUUUCAAAGACGCACUUUACUUUGUAUUAAGUAAUGAUAUUAAGUGGUGCAAGGAAAAUAUCAAGCGCAAAGUUGUUUUCAGCAAUUUUAAAGAUUCCGGGUAUGAUUUAGCCCUUAUGACGUUAUGUGAUCACGUUGUCGUAACUUCCGGUUCGUUUGGUUGGUGGGGUGCAUGGCUUUCGAAAGGAACGGCUGUUUAUUUCAAUGGCUAUCCAAGACCAGGAUCUCAGCAAGAUACACGGUUUUCACGCCAGGAUUAUUAUCCAUCCAAUUGGAUUGGACUAUCGUAAACUGCAAGUAUACACAAGACCGCCCGCCCACGAUUACAAGUUCAGAGUUCUUAAGUUCAGUUCAAGGCAAGAGCAUGUGUACUCCGUGGCGAUUCGGUCGCCGACAGCACGUCCGCAAU